AUGGCGAGAGUUAUCUAUCAUGUGAUUAUGUUUAUGAUAAUGGUCGGAGAGAUCCUUUCAGGUCAGAUUGACGCUAGCAACGAUUCCUUCAAGAAGAUCGUGGAGAAUCAGGCCAACGUCAUCAAAUCGUUGGAAGCAAGAAUAUCCCAACUCGAAAAGGAGAGAUCCCCGGGUCUCAGGCAGAGCACCGACCCCUUGAGCACCAGGUUGCAAACUGUUGAGAAGCUCUUGGAUGGCGUCAAUGUGAGGCAACUAGCAGUGAAUGUCAGCGAUAUCCAGGUCAAACUUUCCAACCCUCUUAGUGCCGGGGACAGCGCCUGGGUCCUCACGUCUUCUGCCCUGGUGCUGAUGAUGACGAUUCCAGGCCUUGCUCUGUUUUACGGAGGUAUGGUCAGAGUGAACAACGUGCUGUCGACGGUGAUGCAGAGCUUCAGUAUCGUAUGCUUGAUCACAGUCCUUUGGAUGUGCUUUGGUUACAGCCUUUCCUUCACGACAGGCUCUCCUUUAUUUGGAGGGCACACCAGGUUCUGGCUUCUGGGAAUGUCGUACGACACCGGCCAUGUCCUCGCGCCCACCAUCCCAGAGCCUCUCUUCAUGGUUUACGAGCUGAUGUUCGCUAUCAUCACCCCGGCUCUCAUCUGCGGAGCGUUUGCGGACCGGAUGCGCUUCUCACCAAUGCUUCUCUUCAUGGCGCUAUGGCACUUGCUCGUCUACUGCCCCAUCGCUCACGCCCACUGGAUGACAGACGGGUUUCUCAAGGACGAAGGCAUCCUCGAUUUCGCCGGAGGCAACGUAGUGCACGUUGCAGCAGGCUGCUCAGGCCUCAUGGCAAGCCUUGUCAUCGGGAGCAGGACAGGUUACGGCAAGGAGAACUUCAGCCCACACAACAUCCUCGUGUCAGUCCUUGGAGCAUCCCUGCUGUGGGUCGGAUGGUUCGGUUUCAACGCUGGCUCGUAUCUCUCUGCGCACAAGAUGACGGCCAUGGCAAUGGCGGUGACUCAGAUCUCGACCGCCGUCUCCGCCCUCGCCUGGAUGUGCACAGAGUGGAUCAUGCGCAAACGCCCCAGUGUGCUGGGCAUCAUCAGUGGAGCCGUUGCUGGUCUAGUGGCCAUAACGCCGGGAGCAGGCUAUGUUGACUGCACAGGAGCCUUCUUUUUCGGACUUCUCGCGGGUCCCGUCUGCUACUUCGUCUGCCAGCUCAAACACCGCCUGGGGUACGACGAUGCGCUCGAUGCCUUCGGGAUCCAUGGGCCAGGGGGGGUGGUUGGAGGCAUCAUGACGGGUCUUUUCGCUACGGAGGACAUCACAGGGAAGGGAUCGGGGCACAAGGGAGCGUUCUAUGGGAAGCCGGAGCAGCUCUACCUGCAGCUCUACGGGAUCUUGUUCGCCAUCGGCUGGUCCUGCAUCGGGUCCCUCGUGCUUCUCAAGCUCAUCGAUGCGGUCUGGGGGCUGCGGGUGGCCGUGGAGGAGGAACUCAUGGGCCUCGACAUCGUCUGCCAUGGCGAGUAUCUGCAUGGAGAGCGCAUAGCUGAGCGUGAGAGCAUGGACGUGCGACGAAGCCACGAGGGCAUGCCCGAAGUGUACGAAGUGCAGUCGCAUCAGCCGACCCUUGGAGGCCAUGAACGUCAUUGCUGGAACAAAGACCACGAUGGGCAACGAAAUAGCAAUAGCCACUAG